AUGAUAACAGUCAGUGAUAUAUUAAGACGCGUGAGAGGUAACAUGGAGGUCACAGGGCUCUGUAUCAAACUGAUGGUGAUAGUAUUGAUUCUGCUCACAGCUGAAGAUCAGAAAUGUAUCCAUGCUCAGAAAUCAGAAGGAGCUCAUCUUCAUGUUCAUCCAAAUACACUGCAGUUCUUUGAAUAUGACACCAUCUCAUUAAACUGCAGUGGCUUUCAUGGCCCAGCAGAAUGGAGAGUGAUCAAAAAGCUCGCCUUAAAUUCAACUCAGUGGGAAACAUCAACAAGAACCUUGGACAUUAAACCUGCCAUUACAUCAGACAGUGGAGAAUACUGGUGUGAAAAUGAAGAUGGAGAGAAAAGCAAGUCUGUCAAUAUCACUAUCACUAGUGGAGAUGUGCUCCUAGAGAUUCCUGCUUUUCCCGUUAUGGAGGGAAAUGAUGUCACUUUGAGCUGUAGAAAAAAAGGAAUUUCCUCCAAUCUCGCAGCUGAUUUUUAUAAAGAUGGCCACCACAUUGAUACUGGAUACACAGGAAAGAUGACAAUUUACAAUGUUUCCAAAUCUAAUGAAGGACUGUACAAGUGCAGCUUUUCUCAGUCCCAAGGAAAAUCAUCAGAGAGCUGGCUGGCUGUCAGGGCUUAUAUUGUUCCAGCACCUGAAGAAACAAUCCCACAAGAUAAUCAAGACAGUCUUCAAGAGACAGCUACCUCCACUGAGUCUACCUUCUUGUUGCCGGCUGUCUUCACCACUUUGGGUGUAGCUGUGCUGAUAGUGGUGGGAGUAUUUUACUGCCGGAAACACAGAGUGUGUGUUUCCUCCAAGAUAUCCACACCAGUGUAUGAAGAUGUCAGGGUACCUGAUCUAAACAUGGAUACAUGUGAUAAUGUCAGAAAAAACAAGAAAAAAGGUCGUCAGGGGGCAAACGCAGCUGAUCCAGACAGAGUUACAUAUGCUGCUGUCACAGUUAAACCAAAGAGGGAGCGAGCUUUGUAA